GCCUAGCGCUCCGUCAACGAAAACCGCGGAUAAAGAUAUCCAGACCUCAAUUAUCUUUCUACCGAGCCCACCACGACCAUUGCAGCACACUAAUCGUAGGGCUCUGAACGUAUGGGGAAAGCGUAUGCUCCCCCACAAAAACCCCACGAUUUCCACUUCGUCGAUUGGCAGCUUUGUCUUCCUGCAGGCGCAAGCUCCCCCGCCAAGAUGAAUACAUGUGGUAUCCUUACAAUAUCUCCGUUGCGGAGAUAAUCAAAUCAGAUUCGAUGAGCAGCCCGGAUAAACACAUUGGAAUUAUCAAUCAGACUUGUGCUUGGAAUAGGAAUAGGAUCGAUAACCGGUUAUGAGAGCAAUCCCCAUUCAUAUAAAUAGAUGCCCGAUCUCGUCAACAACAUCUCAUCUCUCAUUUCCCCCAACACCACUUCACAGACCGCCCACCACCACAAACUAUCCACCAUGGCCCUAAAAGCCCCCCCUGAAAAGCAUACAGCCCUUCAGGCAGAAUACCAAGACGAAGAGAACCCCCCCGCAAAACCCCCUCCCCACACUCACCAAACCAACUAUAACGACCUCACCCCAGAGCAAAAACGCCUCGAAGCAAAAGUCCUCCGCAAACUAGAUUGGCGCCUAAUCCCCAUCCUCGGCCUCCUCUACUCAGUCGCAGGCCUCGACCGCGUCAACCUCUCCAACGCCCGCGUAGCAGGCAUGAACGAAGACCUCCACUUCGACAUCGGAAACCGCUACUCCAUAGCCCUCCUCGUAUUCUUCGUGACCUACUUCCUCUUCGAGCUCCCUACAACGCUUAUCCUCCGGCCUAUUGGUCCGCGGAACCUCCUCAAUGGCCUUGCGGUCGCGUGGGGUACUGUCAUGUUGGGGAUGGGCUGGGCCGAGGAUUGGAGGGUGAUUGUUGUGUGUAGGAUGUUGAUUGGGGUGUUUGAGGCUGGGUAUUUGCCGUGUUGCAUGUUUUUGCUCGCCACGUGGUAUCAGCGGUUUGAGGUGCAGACGAGGAUGAGUUGGUGGUAUCUUGUGAAUUUGUUUGUUAGUGCGUUUGGGAAUGUUUUGGCGUGGGCGAUUGUCAAGUUGGAUGGGAGGCAUGGAAUCGAGGGGUGGCGGUGGAUUUUUAUCGUCGAAGGAGCCGCAACAAUCGGCAUAGCAAUCGCCGGCUACUUCCUCGUCCUAGGCUUCCCAGACACCAUGCUAGCAACCUCCAACCACCAAGGCUUCACGCAAUCCGAACUCGAGCUAAUCCUAACCCGCAUCGACCGCGACCGCGGCGACUCGCAACCCGACAAGCUCACGCGCCAGAAAUUUCUCGCACACGUCUCGAACUGGGAACUCUGGGUCUACGGCCUCAUGUUCCUGACGUGCUCGGCGCCCAUCUACGCGUUCGCGUAUUUCAUCCAGAUCAUACUGGGCACGAUUGUAGAUAGCACGGCCAUGGUAUUCUUGCUGUGCGCCCCGCCGUAUCUGUUUAGUAUUUUUUGGACCGUGGGGUGUGCGUGGUUGGCUGAUCGCUCGAGGCUGCGGAUGCCGUGGAUGGUUCUUAAUGCGGGUAUCACGCUCACUGGUUUGCUGAUCACGGCGUACAGCACCAACUCGGGCGCACGGUAUUUCGGCGUCUUCUUGGGAGUGUCCGGGUGCAAUGCUAAUCUUCCCACCAUCAUCGUGUUCCAGAGCAAUAAUGUACGUAGCGAUUCUAGGAGGAGUGUGGCGAAUGGCGUGCAGUUGCUUUUUGCGGCGAUUGGAGGUAUCUAUGCGAGCACGACGUUCAUGCAGAAGGAGUUUCCGAGUUAUAGGACCGGCGUGUGGUGUGCGGUUGCUACGCAGUUUUUGCUGAUCUUGCUUUGUGGCGGGAUGUGGGGGCAUUUUUCGAGGAGGAAUAAGGGAGCUGAUGAGAGGGGGGAAGUUAUUCAGGAGGAUGAGGGGUUUCGGUAUACUUACUAG